AUGAGCUCCGUUCAAAAAGUUGAUUUCCUCAGCAGAGGAAUCAAGCUCGUUGGCGAUGUGUUCCUCCCUCCUGGGUACUCCCCCAAUACCAAGUACCCGGCGGUCAUAAUCGCCCAUCCUAUGACUGGAGUGAGAGAGCAAGCCCCGCGUGUUUAUUCGGAAGUCCUGACACCUGCCGGGUUCAUCUGCCUUACAUUUGACGCCGCCUACCAAGGCGAAAGCGAGGGCCAGCCAAGGUAUCUCGAAGACCCAGCCCAACGAGCCGAGGAUGUCAGGGCCGGUGUUACCUAUCUUUCUCUGCGCAAAGACGUCGACCCAGAACGAAUUGGAGCUCUUGGUAUCUGUGCCUCGGGUGGCUAUGUGCCAUUCGCCGCGCAAACUGACCAACGAAUGAAGAGAGUUGCAACCGUCAGUGGCGUCUGA